AUGCAGUUUUGGACGCUGGUAGCCGCACUGGUACCAGCUUCGCUGACCUGGAAGGCCAACGCCGCCAGCUCGGCGAGCUCUCUCGAUUUUGACGGCGACAAGCCCGCGUUCGCCUUUGAGUACAGCACGACGUCGCCUGACAGGACGAACUGGGUUGCCAUCUAUCCAAAGGGCUAUGACCCGGGCCGAGCCGAUCAGUCUACCAGUUACCUCUACUGGACAUACGCGCCCCAAGUCAGCGGCACCGUUCAGAUCCAGCCCGCCUACGCUGAGCCUGGCGAGUACACGGCCUGGUUCCUCGCCAGGGACGGGUACGAUAAGCUCGCUGGCCCCGUCACAGUACUGAACCGUGGCGAGACGGGCCCUAUUGAGUUCAUGGUAAGCGAGUUUACGACGCAAAAUGCACGAGAAAAGGAAUCGUUCUCUGCACGCGUGGGUGGCCUGGUCAAAGGCCGUCUGCAGCCGCCCAGAUUCAAGCUCGUCUGGGACUCGUCCAAGUCUGGUUGGGUCAAGGUCGGCAGCGACGGCCUCAUCUCGGGCAAGCCAUCCAGGGGGGAUCGCGGUCGAACGGCUGUCGUGGUGGAGGCUACGGCCGAGAAUGGCUCCAAGAAGACUUUGCAGGUCAACAUUCCCGUGGUGGCCGUUGGUGCGCCCAUGGUCGACCAGCUCAAAGUGACGACAAUGAACAUCUGGGUCGGCGGCAACUUCGUCCACAACAGCCUAUACAAGCAGGUUAGCUACCUGGCGAGUACCAACUCGGACGUGAUUGGCCUCCAGGAGACGGUCAAACCGGGCGACGCGGGCACGCGCAUCGCCAAGGCACUGGGCUACUACCACCACGACAAGGGCGACAAGGCCAUCCUUUCCCGCUAUCCGAUUGUCGAGCAUCUUGACGCCGAUGACUCGGCAGACGCCGUGCGCAUCCAGCUGGACGGAAAAGAGAGUGAAAUCAUCUUUUACACGGCGCACCUCGGCUAUGACCCGUAUGGGCCCUAUGACUUUUGCUUCAGCAACAUGACGGCCGAGCAAGUCACCCAGCGGGAGGCGGAAUCCGGCCGUACGUCCCAAAUCAUGGCCAUCUCCGCUGCGAUUGCCGAGCUCGUCCGCAACGCCGACAAGGUGCCCGUGUUCCUGACGGGCGACUUGAAUGCGCCGUCGCAGCUGGACUGGAUCGAGGCGACCAAGGACGCGCACUGCGGCGUUGGCUACUACGAGUGGCCGACGUCCAAGUACCCGCUCGAGGCCGGACUCAAGGACACUUUCCGCGAGCUGCAUCCCGACCCGGUGCGGGACCCCGCCUUCACCUGGUCGCCGGUGCAUCCGGAGUCACAGGAGCCACCUGACCGCAUCGACUUUAUCUACCACAGCGGGCACGGCGUCAAGCCGCUGUGGUCCAUGCCCAAUGUGGUGGGUAGGCCCAGGUUUGUGCCAGACGUGUGGGAGAACGAGUGGCCAACGGAUCACAAGAGCUUUGAGGCCCUGUAUCAGCUGCUACCAAGUGCGCAGCGGAGGAAGACUCAAGAGUGA